AUGAACCCAACCCCACAACUGCACAAUGAGAUGCACGAACUCCCCAUCCGGCCCCGCGGCCUCCUCUGGCAAACCGACUUCAUCACACCCAGCCACGAGCAACACCUCCUCCACAUCUUCCGCCACGAGCUCACCUGGCCCGACCGCCCCGGCCGCAUUUCUCUGCAUUACGGCUACACCUUCGACUACAAGACCUUCAACAUCGACCCGGACAUCCCCUACCGCCCAUUCCCCGACUGGCUGGUCCCGCUCCUCCCGGCCCGCGAAUCCCGGCCCCCGGAUCAGGUGUGUCUGCAGUAUUACCCGCCCGGCGCGGGGAUCCCGCCGCAUGUCGACGCGCAUGGGCCGUACGAUCAGCUGUACGCGCUCUCGCUGGGCGCGCCGGUGAUGAUGCAGUUCCGGCGCGGGGAGGAGCGCGUGGAGGUCGACUGCGAGCCGCGGAGUUUGAUGUGUAUGAGUGGCGAGGCGCGAUUGUUGUGGACGCAUGGGAUCAAGAAGCGGAAGACGGAUUUGGUGGCGGGUGGUGCGGAGGAUGGGGAGGGGGGCACGGGGGAGGGGCAGAGGGUGCGGGUGAGAGGGGAGAGGUGGAGUAUCACUUACCGGUGGUUGCGGGAGGGGGGGGAGUGUGAGUGUGGGGAUGUCGAGCUUUGUGAUACCGCGCAGAGGCGGUUAGGGGUGGAGAAGGAGAAGAGGUCGGUUGUUGCGUUGAGGGAGGCUGCGGAGGAGGAGGAGAAGAGGAGGAGGGAGGAGAAAGGUGGUGGUCGUGGUGGUGAGGGAGGGGAGAGUUGA